AGAGGGGAGUAUGUCUCAUAAAAUUCUUCUCCACUGUGCUACUGUUUACAGUACUAGUUCAGAGUCUGACAACAUCAUCUCACGAUGAAGAUAUUAUCUCUAGCAUUCUUACUAGGAUGUUUUGUUCUCGUCAAAACACACACAUAUCACGUGGGGCCUUGUCCCAUCGUAGAACCGAUGCAGGGAUUUCAAAUAAACAAAUUUUUAGGUAUAUGGUACGUAAUUCAGAAAACUUCCACUGCUAGCAAAUGUAUUACUUAUAAUUAUACUCGUGGAGAGGAACCGGGUGAAUACAUUUUAAAACAGGAUUCCGAUCAUCCAGUAUUAAGUCUUACGUCAUUGAAGCAUGAGUACCAUUACACUGGUGAAUUGACCGUACCGAAUCCGAGUACGCCGGCUCUAAUGAAAGUUCGUUUUCCUCUUAGUGUAGCUGGAAGUGCGUCGCAUGUAGUGUUCGCCACGGAUUACGACAAUUACGCGGGUAUUUUUACAUGUCAGAAGUUAACAUUUGCUCAUCGUCAAAGUGCAACAAUCCUUUCCAGAAAUCGGGAAUUGGAUAAGAUUUCUAUAGACAAUUUACGACAAAAAUUAUCUGAUUUUGGUGUGAAUCCCUUUGAUUUGAGCAUUAUUAGUCAAAUCAAAUGUUUACAUGGUAAUAAUUCAUUGGAUAUUACGGUGGAUCCAUCGACUUUCACAAGUCAAAAUAUUGGCAAUUUAGUUCGCAAAGCUGGAGAAAAAGUAGGCGAUGGAGUCGAAUGGGUAGCUAACAUGGGAAGUAAGGUUUAUCAUAAAUUGACCGGAAGUGAAGAGAAAAUCACGAGCAAACCAGAAGAAAAUACUGAAAAAAACUUAAUGAGGCAUUAUGAGGAAACAAAUGAAGUUGAAUGGAUCCCCUAGAUUCUUGAUUUUAAAAAGUUUAUUUAAUAUAUUUUGAUCCUAAGAAUUUUUCUCAGUUUUUUCAAUACUCAUUUUCUUGGAGAGAAUAAAUAUAAUUGUUAUAAAUAA